GGAACAGGCCCUCUGGAAACAAAGCUGUGGAGAAGUGCCAGAGGCCGCUUGAAGAGAGAGGGCCACAAAAGAAUGUGGUAGAAGGUUUAGGAUUCACACCUUUGCACAGUAGUCAUGCCACCGAAAGGGAAGAAGGCUACAAGCAAAACUGUAAAGCGCCCAAGGGAUUCUUCUGAUUCCCAAUCUGCUGAUGACACCCCGAACAAUGUUCCCCACAAACCAGAAACACCCGUGAUUGUUAUCAGUGAUGAGGACAGUGCUUCAUCAGAUCAAGAUGAGCAGCAGAUGAGGGAACCUGUUGUGAACAUGAUACAAGACUUUCAAGGUGACUUUACAAAGUCUUACCUUGCAAAGAGAAAACAGUUUCACCAAGAUUUGAAAACAUCUAUCGAUACCCUGUGUGAAAAAUUUGUGCAUACUGUUGAAACGCAACAAAGGGAAAGGAAGCUGUUUUAUGCCAGAUAUUCUAAGAUGUUUGAGCCUUUGUUUCAACAGUGGGAACAGGAUGCGAUAAAAGUUGGGCAAGAAGAAGACAGUUUUGCUAAUUCAUCCCGUGAAUAUGCAGAGACUUUGUUUAAGACUACAGUGGUGCAGAGAGCAGCCAUCGAUGAAGCAAAAGCUAUUUCUGAUCAGUUUCUAAAGAAUAUGCAAGUCCUGGAGGAUGAACACAAAAUUCUUGAUGCUGUUGAGAAAAACAGAUUGGAAAAUGAAAUGGAAAUCCUGAGGAAUAAAGUUGUGACAGAAAAUCAACAACAGGACUUGGCAGCUAUAGAAUCGUGUCUUCAUUUUCUGUUCUCCGAGGAUAAUGAAGAAGAUAAGCUAUGAUCCUAUGUCAUGUGACAUACACAAAACAUUCCCUACAUGACCAAAAAUUAUAAUAGAAAUUGGCACAUCUCAUUUGUCAUUCUUUCAUGUGGUACAUAUCAGACUCUAUGUCUCUUAAUCAUCAAGUGAGCUCUGAGCAGUUUCCUGGGUUGCAGCCAUGACAAGGGGAUAAAUACUGAAUUACCAGACCCUUGGGAAGAAAUACAGAAGCACUAUCACUAACACUAAUAGAUUUUUUUAGUACAUGGUAGAAUUAACUCAAUGGCGUUAUAAAAGUUCUCUACUGCAACCUAUAUCUGUCUUGUAGAAAACAAAAUUUAACUUCUAAAACUUAUCACAAACUGAAAAGAGAAAAACCAAAAGGUCCUAUGCAGAUCUUGGGGCAGGGGUUGGGGGCGAGGGAGCAGUUUUGUGGCAUUUCUAGGUAGCUAAUGUUCAUGGAAUGGUUUUAUGUAGUUGUUUGAUGACACUUGUCCUUAGUGUUGAUCGAAGGAAUUUGACUUAUUUACAGAUAUGCAUAAUUUCUUUCCUCAAUAUUCCAUUUCUGCCCUUUGGUCAUGUACUAUCUGGAGUGCUUUGUUUCUCAACUUACAUUAUCAGUGAUUGUGCAGAAGUUUACAUAUGUAUGUAUUAACUCAUGAAUCAUUCUCUUGACUUCCUUCUUAUGGUUUUUACUUUUGCAUUAAGUAACACACAGACCUUCCAUGUAAACACCGUGUUUAAUAAAUUUGAAAAUGGUUUAAGUCU